CUUCCUCUUCCCACAACGAACGCGCAAAAUCAGAAAUUAAAUUAAAAGAAAAAAGUCUCAAAUCUUUUCUUGGAUACGACCCACCUCGAACCCCACCCACCGUGACUCUCUGUUUCUCCGUUUGAAACAACGUAACUGAUCCGAUCCGAAGCUCCUUUUGUCGCAUGCCGAAUCGUCUUUAUUAGGUCUUCCUGAAUCCAACACAGGAGCAGAGGAUCACUUUGCUUGAUUGCUUUUCACUGUUUUGUUUUUAAAUGGAGUGGAGGGGAAUCCUCUGCUCUCUCUUCUUUAUCCUCUCCAUGGGAGAGUCCUCUAGUAGAUUCCGGUUAAUGUGGCUUCCUGACCUCAUUGUUGCUGAUGCUGAGAACACCUUCACUUGGCCAAUCUUGAGUGCCAGUGUUUUCGUCCUUGUUGCCAUCCUCCUCCCUAUGUAUCUCAUCUUUGAACACCUUGCUUCUUACAAUCAGCCUGAGGAGCAGAAGUUUCUUAUUGGACUUAUUCUCAUGGUCCCUGUUUAUGCCCUCGAAUCGUUUCUGUCUUUGUUGAAUUCAGAAGCAGCUUUCAACUGCGAGGUGAUUCGUGAUUGUUAUGAAGCUUUUGCUCUCUACUGCUUUGAGAGAUAUUUGAUUGCUUGCCUUGAUGGAGAAGAACGUACGAUUGAAUUCAUGGAACAACAAACAGUUAUCACCCAGACCACUCCUCUUCUCGAAGGCACAUGUACUUAUGGAGUUGUGGAGCAUCCUUUCCCAAUGAACAUCUUCCUAAAAGAUUGGAAUCUUGGUCCUCAGUUCUAUCACGCUGUCAAAAUUGGCAUCGUUCAAUAUAUGAUACUGAAACUGAUCUGUGCUCUAUUAGCAAUGAUCCUUGAAGCCUGUGGAGUUUACGGAGAAGGAAAGUUCCAAUGGAACUACGGGUAUCCAUAUCUAGCUGUAGUCUUGAACUUCAGUCAGACAUGGGCGUUGUACUGCCUUGUACAGUUCUACGGUGUCAUCAAAGAUAAGCUAGCACCAAUCAAACCAUUGGCCAAGUUCUUAACCUUCAAGUCUAUUGUAUUCCUCACCUGGUGGCAAGGUAUCAUCGUUGCGUUCCUCUUCUCCAUGGGACUGUUCAAAGGGUCGUUAGCAAAGGAGCUAAAGACGAGAAUACAAGACUACAUCAUCUGCAUUGAGAUGGGUGUUGCUGCUGUGGUUCAUCUCUACGUCUUUCCAGCGGCGCCUUACAAGCGUGGGGAGAGAUGCGUGCGUAACGUGGCGGUGAUGUCGGAUUACGCCUCUAUAGACACGCCUCCUGACCCGGAGGAGGUUAAAGACAGCGAGAGAACGACUAGGAUGAGGUACGGUAGGCGUGAUGAGAGUGAUAAGCGGUUGAGUUUCCCGCAGAGCGUGCGUGAUGUGGUGAUGGGGAGCGGGGAGAUCAUUGCUGAUGACAUGAGGUUCACUGUUUCUCACGUGGUGGAGCCUGUCGAAAGAGGGAUAGCUAAAGUGAACAGAACGUUCCAUCAGAUAUCUGAAAACGUGAAAAGAUUUGAGCAGGAGAAGAAGAAGAGAACAACCAAGGAUGAUUCGUAUGUGAUUCCGAUGAGUACAUGGACGAAAGAGUUCUCAGAGGUUCAUGAGAAGCUUUAUGAAGGUGGGAGUGUGAGUGACAGCGGUUUUGGAGGGAGCAGGAAGAGACAUCACCAGUCUAGAGUCUCUGGGUUGUGGAGUAGAAUGCGAAGUUAACAGAGCCACCUAACACAGAGAGAAGUUGUAGAUUUUUUUUAUGAGAUGAUGCUAAUCUUCUUGUGGUUACUACACACAGAGGUAACAACAGCUUUGCUACUAACUUGUUUUCUCUUACUCUUUAUACAACAGUAUUUCAUAAUGACAAAUCCUUGCACAAAGAAUAAUAAAAGAAAAUUGUGUCAUGAUAAAAUUCGUGUACAACUCAUGUUAUGUUUUGUGACUAGAUCCAAUCAUAUGUUUUCUUAUUAAUAAAAAUUAUAGCUGAAA